GGGGCGGCGGCGGCGGAUUGGCCGGCGGCGGGGGCUGGCCCCGCCCCGCUCCCCCCUCGCCUCAGCCAUUUUAGCAGCCGGGGCCGCCGCGGGCCGCGUUCUCAGCCGGCAGCUUCGGGACGUGUGGCCGGGCCGGGCCGGGCGAGCGGCGGUAACGGCCAAGGAGGGCGGCGAGGGGCGGGAUCCUCCGAUCGAGGGCGGGACGGAGCGGAGCGGGGCAGGUCCCCGCGUUGCCCCUCGGCGGCACCUGAGGCGAGUUCCCUGUUGACAUAAACUACAGAACUGCAUUAACUUGCAACAAGGAAGACAGCUGCCACCCCCCAAGAGCCCUGCUCCGAUCUAAUCAACACUGAAAAGACCUCGGUCACUGCUGUCAGAUACCUUGUGUCCAUUGUUGGCUCUCCACGGUUACUAAAAUCUUAGCAACUGUUCUGAAACAGAACGACCUAAGCUUUGCUUAUCCUUGCUGCAUCGUGCUGCACUGCUGCUUUGCUCUUGCCUGCUUCAGAACACAAUAAGAGAUUUUCUUUUGUAAAUAUCUGCAAUGAAACUUAGACUAGAAGUACGUGCCAUCCUCUUGCUGCCUGUGUACUUGUUGAUAUACGUGUAUAGUAUGCUUGUAUUUAUCCCAUGGUAUUUUCUUACCGACGUUAAGAAGAAAAAGGCUAUGGCAAAGCGUUUAAAAGCUAAGCCCACCUCGGACAAGCCUGGGAGCCCCUACCGCUCUGUCACCCACCUUGACUCACUAGCACACAUAAACAUUCCUGGAGCUGACACGCUGGACAAGCUGUUUGACCAUGCUUUGGCCAAGUUUGCGAAGAAGGACUGUCUCGGGACCAGAGAAGUACUGAGUGAAGAGAACGAAAUGCAACCAAAUGGAAAAGUGUUCAAAAAGUUAAUUUUAGGAACUUACAGAUGGUUAUCCUAUGAAGAAGUACAUGAGAAAAUGAAUCGCUUGGGGCGAGGAAUGACUGCCCUGGGACUAACGCCAAAGAGUACGGUUGUGAUCUUCUGUGAGACCCGAGCGGAAUGGAUGAUCAUGGCUCUGACCUGCUUCAAGUACAACUUCCCUCUUAUUACGUUGUAUGCCACCCUGGGGGAAGAGGCAGUAACCUAUGGUCUCAAUGAGUGUGAAGCUGCGUAUCUGGUCACCAGUGUAGAACUUCUUGAGAGCAAGCUUAAGACGGCACUGCCACAAGUCUCCUGCCUGAAACACAUCAUUUAUGUGGACAACAAGAGUAUCAAUAAAGCGGAUUACCCUGAAACUCUGGAGAUUCACAGUAUGCAGACAGUAGAAGAGAUGGGAGCCAAACCAGAAAACACAAGCAUCCUGCCAAGCAGACCUGCUCCUUCAGACUUGGCUUUGGUGAUGUACACCAGCGGCUCUACUGGGAGACCUAAAGGAGUGAUGAUGGUGCAUAAGAACUUAAUAGCUGGAAUGACAGGACAGUGCGAGAGAAUACCUGGACUGGGGUCCAAGGAUACUUACAUCGGUUAUCUGCCUCUGGCCCACGUGUUGGAACUGACAGCAGAAAUCUCCUGCAUCACGUACGGCUGCAGGAUCGGCUAUUCCUCUCCACUCACGCUGUCGGACCAGUCAAGUAAAAUUAAGAAGGGAAGCAAAGGAGACUGCACUGUCCUCAGGCCUACACUGAUGGCAGCUGUGCCUGAAAUAAUGGACAGAAUUUAUAAAAAUGUCAUGAGUAAAGUUCAAGAGAUGAACUAUAUUCAGAGAACUCUGUUCAAGAUAGGCUACGACUACAAACUGGAGCAAAUCAAGAGGGGAUACGAUGCGCCUCUGUGUAACGUGUUACUGUUUAAAAAAGUAAAGGCACUGCUGGGAGGGAAUAUCCGUAUGAUGCUUUCUGGAGGAGCACCCCUCUCACCUCAGACACAAAGAUUCAUGAACAUCUGUUUUUGCUGUCCCGUUGGGCAAGGCUAUGGACUAACAGAAACAUGUGGAGCUGGAACAAUUACAGAAGCUACUGAUUACAGCACUGGCAAAGUUGGAGCUCCUCUUAUUUGUUGUGAAAUAAAAUUGAAAGACUGGCAAGAAGGGGGCUACACCAAUAAAGACAAGCCUAAUCCCAGAGGAGAAAUCGUAAUUGGUGGACCUAAUGUCUCAAUGGGAUAUUUUAAAAACGAAGAGAAGACAACAGAAGACUUCUCUGUUGAUGAGAACGGUCAGAGAUGGUUCUGUACAGGAGAUAUAGGAGAGUUUCAUCCGGAUGGGUCUCUGCAGAUCAUAGAUCGUAAGAAAGACUUGGUAAAGCUACAAGCAGGAGAAUAUGUAUCUCUGGGCAAAGUAGAGGCAGCACUGAAGAACUGUCCAUUGAUUGACAAUAUCUGUGCUUAUGCCAAAAGCGACCAGUCGUACGUGAUCAGCUUUGUGGUUCCUAACCAGAAGAGGCUGACGGCAUUAGCGGAGCAGAAGGGCAUCAGUGGAACCUGGGUAGAUAUUUGUAACAACCCUACGAUGGAAGCUGAAGUCCUGCGAGAGAUUAAAGAAGUGGCAAACAAGAUGAAAUUAGAAAGGUUUGAAAUACCCAUCAAAGUACGGUUAAGCCCUGAGCCAUGGACCCCAGAGACUGGGUUAGUAACGGAUGCCUUCAAGCUGAAAAGGAAAGAACUGAAAAACCAUUACCUCAACGACAUCGAACGAAUGUACGGAGGCAAAUAAACACAUUGUGUUGACCAGGCUGUGCAGAUGGUUCCUUCUCAUGCCUCAAUUUUGGAUGUCUGUGUAUGCUGUAGAUAUCACACAUUCAGAAAAUAUACCAAAUGGAUUACUGUUUCUAUAAUCUGUAUAGAGUACAACAGAGAGUAUCUUAGACUCCAGAUUCUUAAUUAUUAGCAGAUUAGACACUGAUGGUCUUUGUAAGAGUUUUAUGUGAUCAUCUCCAGUUUGGAGACAGACAUGACCAGGUAAUUUUAUCACUAUGUUUCUCUAGCACAUUCAGACUGCUUACAACUUCUCUUUAAUUCAUUCUGAAAUCUGGCCUGUAUUUCAAAGAGAAAAAUUAAUGUAAUGGUGAUGAUUCUUCUGUUACAGUAAGAUACUUAGUGAGAGAGGAAAAGAGUAUUUAAAGUCUCCCUUUCUCCAUUUAAAAAUUAAAACAGUAGUCAAGAAGUUGCUAGAGAACACUAAUAAUGUACCGCUUGAGAAUGGAUGGAUACUUCUGCACAUCAGUUACCAUCCUGAAUAUUUACAGUGCCUAAAAGAGAAUAUAAAGUACACUUACUGAAAUAAAGGUGAACUGAAAAGCUUUCUAAAAACAAGGUAUUUGAGAUUUCAAUCAAGAGCAUUGAAUUAACUCUUUCAAGUUCCAUCUCACCAAAUGGGGUUUUAUUUGCUACUGUAUUUUAAUUCAAACAGAGCUUUCCACUAGGACACAGAGCAUAAAAGAAAACAAAGACUUGCACUGCCACAGGAGGGACUGAUGAGAAAUCAUCACCUGAAUGCGGAAUGCAGAACUUGAUUCUCCACUGCCACAGAGCAGUGACAUUGCUGGGCUGGUGUCUCUAAGUGGAUGUGAAGCACCAGUGAGUGUUUGCUUUCGGGUUUUUUUGAAGGGUGGUUGGUGGUUUUGUUUUUAAGGCACUGAUCCUCUAAACCUUCACAUACAUGUGAGCAAUGGUACAGGUCACCUGUAUGUCAUUGAGAGGGUCAGCGUCUAAACAUCUGAAGUCGCUUUAUGGAAGGUAUUUCCGUUCACCUUUUAACUGCAGUGAGUAUGACAAGGCAACAGAAACCAACAGGAGUUUCCCCAUGUAGUCUUCUUGUGCUUAUAGAAGAGUAGUUGUGACCAGGGAACCUUGAUUUUAUGGAACUUGUAAAAGGGACAAAUCACUCUUUACAGAAAUUCGCUAUAAAAAUGUGCUCUUAUUAACUGGAAGUCAUAGAUGUGAAGAAGUGGGAAGAUACAACUUAAUAAUAGUUCAUCACUUCGUGUGCAGAAUCCUGUACUGUGUCUUCUUUUGACUUGUAGCCAAGCUCCUGCAUUCCUGCUAGCUCUUCACACUUGAACCAUAAGUGCUGUAAAAAGUGGAGGCUCUUGAUACUGUUCUACUUUGCACUUUCUUAAUCGUUUUAUAUAUGUUGCUUACAUUUUGUACAGCUGUGGCCCUCAACUGCUAUAUAUUACAAAUUCAUUUUAAAGUAUUUAUAGAUUUCUAUUCAUAAUAUUUGUGUUGUGUAUAUGAUGGUUAAAAAAAAUAUUUGGUAUUGUCACUGUACAGAAAGUAAAAGGUUUUGUACGAUGCAUCUCCUGAACAUGCUCGCUUGCAAUUCCAGGGUAAGUUUUUCCUUUAUUGCAUGUAUGUGGAUUUUGCUUUUUUCCAGUUCAGAUUUGGCAAAAAUAAGUCAUGGCAGUGUACUCAUCAGCUAAACCAUCCCUUCUCCUUGGGACCAGCUUCAAACUGCCCCAUGCAUAACUUUCUCUGGCCUGUCCAGAACACUGCCAGCUCCCCUUCCAAGAAUGCCAUGGGGAAAGGGAAGUGGAAAAUCUGGUGCACAAAGCUGACUGUGUGUAGUUGUGCAUGGAACUAAACAGUCACUAAACGGAAUGAGGAAAUAGCUUCUCUAAGAAAGAAAAUUGUUUUAAUAUACAUACAGGUAUGACAACAGGAAAUACUUCCCAUGUAAGGAGCAACUUUUUAAUGUGGAGCCACAUUACCAGUUUUUCCAUGUUUCAAAUUGGUCACUAUUCAUCCUAGAAUCAUUACAUAGCCUUUAGUUGGCCUGUUAGCAUCACAAAAGUUAAAUACAUGUAAGAAACUUAACUUGCACUUGAGUCUGUCCGCAGGUCAUAUGGUUUUGGUUUUUUAAACCAUGAAUGUAUUUAUCUGCAAUGUAUUUUAUCAAGACUGCAGCUAUCUUCUGUGUCUACACAUGCGCAAUGUUAACAUUUCAACAGUGGAAUACAAUUUAAAUGGUUCAAAAAGCUGUGUUCUGCAGGCUCUUUUUAUGUUGCACAAGUUGUCUCUAGUUCCUGUUCAGUGCCUCACAUUCUCUCUGAGACUGAGCACACCUUAGGAGAACUUCCCGAAAGCAGCAGCAAUGAGUAUGUGCUACACAUGUUGAAAACAAAGCCAAGCAUGGGCCUGGUUUUUCUUUUCAGAAGUGACCUAAAUGUGCAUAUGCUGCAAAAGGCAAUUUGAUACACAUCAGAUUUUCAAGCCUUUUCAGAGAAGGGGAAGGAUUACAUCAGGCUGCCUUCAAAUAUGGGGAUUAUUUACAAAUGUUGUAUUUGCAGUUUGGCAAGAGCUUUAUCCUGGUUUUUUUUAAUGAAUUCUAAAUACUUUUGUGACAGCUUGUGGAGAAAGAAACAGAGGAUGAGCAAGAAUGCCAUUCUUGUUAUUAGAAAUAAGGAACUAGGAUGCGUAGAUAGGCACUAUAAGUGAUAGACAGUAUAAGGCUUCAAAACCGUUACAGAAUCAUUUAGGUUAGAAAAGACCUUUAAGAUGAUUGGGUUCAACUGUUAACCCCACACUGCCAAGUCCAUCACUAAACUAUGCCCCGAAGGGCGACAUCUACACGUCUGGUAAAUACCUCCAGGCAUAGUGAUACGUGACAGCUACAGAUGAUAUCCUGUGAUGACUGAAAGGGCAAACACUGUGGGACUGAAGUGUGAGGGAGCAGUUCAUUUAUGAAAUGUGAAGAUUCCAGAAAGCUCAAUGUAGCUGCAAGAUCUUUAGAAAGCUGGUUCAGUAUUUAAAAUUACCCUCCUAAGACUGAGAAACAAGUUGAAAGAGAAACAAACUCCAGUUUGGGCAUCUGAUACAAGAUUAUAUUUACGCCUUCUAGUUCAAAAAAACCCAUGGCAUAUCUGGAGUAUAGGUACCAUAAAAGUGGGUCUAGAAAGCUUGAUCUGUGAAGGAAGAUCGUAGUUAAGCUCAGGUGGCCUGAAGAGUGGCAAAUGACAAGAGAGGAAUAACCUUCAGCUACAUACAUAUUACCCUAAGACAGGCACAAGAGCUGUCACCAGUGGAAGGGGAGGAACAGAGAAUAAGUUGACAGUGACAUUUAGUAUUUGAUAUUUUAAAAGAAACACAGAACUUUAAAACUAUUCUCUUCUAAAUGUUGAACUAGUUCCUCCAGAUCCCUGCCACUGAAAGGCAGCAGUCUCAGAGUCGAUACAGGCCGAACAACACCUUUCAGGAACAGCUUCAGCACAGAACUGUAGGCUGGGGCUGGAGCAGGAAAACCUGGUUCCUGCACAUAAUGCAAUAGCAAUGCUGCAUGUAACAACAAGGUGUUAUUAAAUGGCUUGCAGGGGGACAAAAAAAGUAUACACAGAGAAAGUGAUGAGUUAUGCUCUUAAAAGUAGGUGUUAAAUCAACUCAAUACAAGUUUAGUGCCCAUUGCACCAUCUUUGAACAUAACAUGACAGAGCUGCCUGCCAAGGAAGCCAGCAUGUUGAACUGCCAUUCCCAUCAAACAUUUUCUGGCUCUAUAAGGAACAGGACAUGAGUUGAAAAUGUGAGUCAGUAAUUUUCAGACAAGAAACCCCACAAACCCCAAACCUAGCACAUCCCAGAAUGGUUACUUCAAAUAACUACAUUGUAUUUGAAUGAUCAAGCGGUGAUGUUCUGCAAUUACAUGCCAUGCAAGAAAUAAAUUGUCACUACGUA